AGAAAUGCAUUUGAAAAUAGUUAAAAUUUUACUAACAUUUCUAGUAGUUUUGGUACUUGCUUGUGGAUGUCAUGGUGGAGAUUUACCAUCUGAUAUACAAAAGUGUGCAGUAGGCGACAAUCAAUGCAUCCGUCAUAAAAUCGUCGAAAUAAUUACCAAAUAUUCGACUGGCAAUGACAAAUUUGGAAUGCCAAAUAUAUCAGCACUGACUAUUAAAAACAUAACAGUGGCUCGUGCCACCGGUAGUUCGCCCAUACAACUAAACUUCAAAUUUUUGGAAUUAACUGUCAAGGGUAUUGAAAACGGUAUUGUAUUAAAUACCACAGGAUGGACCAAGGAACCGAAAAUAGUUGAGGCCCAAAUAGAAGUUCCCCUAUUGCGUGUAGUGGGCCAUUACCAAACGAAUGGUAAAAUUUUACUUUUAGCUCUGGAUGGUGAAGGCCAGGGCAGGGUUGAAUUGAGCGAUUGUAAGUUGCAUAUAAAGGCACGUUUGACUUUGGAGAAAAGGAGUGAUGGUCAAAAUUAUGUUAAAGUCAACAAGCUGAAAAUUGAAAUGCAGCCCAAAAAAGUGUGGAUAAAAAUGGAUAAUUUAGUGAAGGGAAGCAGAGAAUUGACUGAUACUAUGAAUAAGGUGCUCAAUGAUAAUUGGAGUGAUGUUUGGAGUGAGCUGAGGGAUGGCAUCAAUAACGCCCUAUCACUAAUAAUGAUUCAAAUUACAACGAAAAUAUUUGAUGAACUGCCUUAUGAUAAUUUUUAUGUAGUUUAA